AUCCUUGAUGAUAAGGCUGAUGAAUGGAGGAAUUAUGCAAUUUGUUGUAUAUGUCGUGAUACUGUCAAACAAGGUGGUAUAGAAAUGGCGUUCAAAAUAUUAGAUAUAAAGUUAGUAGAAGCAGGUGAAAAUUCAGAUACGGAUGUUAAUAACAAAAGGCUUCGCAUAGAAAAAAUGAAAAAAGAAUCACUAGACAAAUUUGUUGUGCAAAAUAAAGAAGUUCGGGAAUUAUUUGAAUUUUUGAAUCCUACUUUAAAAUUACUCAGACGUCAAACCUUAGGUGGAAGAAUUUUAAAUAAAGAAGUAAAAAGACUUGAAGAUAACAUGAUACUCGCUUCUAAGUUUGACCCUCUUGAACCGUUAGAUGAUGAUUCUUUAUAUCUUCCAGAAAAUAUUACAUCAAUUCUUUUAGAUAAAAUCAAGGCACAUUUGCAUGAGGUCUUACAUGGAUUUGGUUAUUUCGUGGAAUUUUGGAAAAGAUAUGAAGAUUUGAAAUUUGGCCAACAAAUUGUUUUUGAGUUUUGGUCCUGGGCUACACCGACUGCAAAAGAGCUUGCAUUUGUAGCACAAAAAAUAUUUGGAAUUUGCAUAAAUGCAGCUUCAUAUAAAAAAGCAUUAAAUAUGAGUAAGCUUCGGGCCUCUAUUACUUAUCAACAUCAGUUAGAUGAUAAGGAGUUAUGUAAUUCUGAAGAAAAAUCCAAAGGCGAACUCUCUUCUGAUAUUGAAAAACUCUCUUCUGAUAUUGAAGAACAACUAUCUAAUAAAAAAGAUC